UAAAACUAUUAAUGAAUUAAUUUGUCACGAAUAUUGAUAUUGGAUUAUGUGAUUUUAAUUGUUUUUUCACUUUAAAUACUUGGGUAUGAUUGUCAAUCGUCAGUCCAAUUGUUUGAAGAUGGGAACAAAACACUGGGCUUUGUUUUUACUAAUACUACCGUUGGGUAUUUUAGCCCAAAGGACAAUAAGAAAUGGUCCCGUACAAAAACCCUUCCCGCCGGAAAACCAAUAUGGCAGCAUUAGUCAAAAUACAGCACAGGCACAAUCUCUGAUAAGCGACGCUGGCAAUGGCGGUGGAGGAAGCCAGUCUAUGGCACAGGCACAAUCACUUGCAAGCCAUAAUGGCAGAGGCGGUGGGCUUAGCCAGACAGGAGCACUGGCGCAAGUUCUUGCAGGCAUUCCAGGCAUAGGUGGCGGGAUGAGCCAAAGUGAUGCACAAGCACAAGCGCUUAUGAAUGCCGGCGGCGGGGGUGGAGCUAGCCAAAGUAUGGCGCAGGCACAAAGCAUGAUGCAAAAUGGAGGCGGUGCGGGUGGAGCUAGCCAAGGCAUGGCGCAGGCUCAAAGCAUGAUGCAAAAUGCUGGCAAUGGGGGUGGAGCUAGUCAAAGCAUGGCACAAGCACAAAGCAUGAUGCAAAAUGGUGGCCAAGGGGGUGGAGCUAGCCAAAGCAUGGCACAGGCACAAAGCGGUGGGCAGAAUGGUGGCAAAGGUGGUUUUGCCAGCCAAGUUUUGGCGAAAGCUCAGAGCAUAGUGCAGAAUCUUGGCAAAGGCGCACCCAGCCAGAAUUCAGCUUUUGCAAGCGCCGGCAGCAGUAACACUGGCCUUGGAAAAGGCUUUUCUCAAGCUACAGCAAGUGCUAAUUCUGGAUUCGGAUCGGGAUUUGCACCGAACUUUGGAUUUGGCCCAAGACUUCCCUUCAACCUCGGAUAUCCUGGUUUCGGUAGUCCUAAAUUCUCGGGCUCUUCAGCAACGGCAUCAUCAGGUACAAGCGGAAAUGGUGGGUCAGCAGUAUCGCAAGCCUAUGCGAGCUCCAAUUCCUUCACUGGCGGCAGAUCACGAAGAAGACGGCCAAAACGUCGUCCUAGACAGUCAAAAAGUAAGCGAAGCCGUAGAUCCAGCAAAGCUCGAGAUCAGCCAACACCGGAUGAAGGAUCGGGCAAAAAAGGAGACAAGCCUAAACCUGGCGGAGGAUCAAUAAAACCAGGAGACAAAAAUAAACCUGGCGGAGGAUCGGGGAAACCAGGAGACAAAAAUAAACCUGGCGGAGGAUCGGGCAAACCAGGUGACAACCCUUCACCUGGCGGAGGAUCGGGCAAACCAGGAGGCAAACCUACUACUGGAGGAGGAUCAGGCAAGCCAGGAGACAGACCUUCACCUGGCGGUAGCACUAAUAAUCCUGGUAGUGGCACUACAACGGUUACCGCUUCUGCUUCAAGUUCAAGUGCUUCAAGCAGCCAAGGUGGAACCGCACAGUCGACAGGAUCUUCAACAUCAACGAUCGGACCGAAUGCUAUCACAACAGGCAAUGGCGCAGCCUCAUCCGGUGCUGGAGCUACGAACACAGUGACCAAUGAGCCCGGUCAACCUGCAAACCCCGGGCAGCCAGGCGGAGGAAACCAAGAAACUAACCCAUCCCAACCGGGAGAUGGUUCGGGAAAACCAGGAGAGCAGCCUACCCCUGGAGGCGGAUCAGGCAAGCCAGGCGAACAACCAACGCCAGGAGGCGAAUCAGGCAAGCCGGGAGGCGGAUCAGGCAAGCCGGAAGGACAACCUACUCCAGGAGGUGGAUCAGGCAAGCCAGGUGAACAACCAACUCCAGGAGGCGGAUCAGGCAAGCCGGGGGGACAACCUACGCCAGGAGGUGGAUCAGGAGGCGGAUCAGGCAAGCCGAGAGAACAACCAACGCCAGGAGGUGGAUCAGGCAAGCCAGGCGAACAACCUUCACCGGGCGGUGGAUCAGGCAAGCCGGGAGAACAACCGGCACCAGGAGGUGGAUCAGGCAAGCCGGGAGAACAACCAACUCCAGGAGGCGGAUCAGGCAAGCCGGGAGAACAACCUUCACCGGGCGGCGGAUCAGGCAAGCCAGGAGAACAGCCUUCACCGGGCGGUGGAUCAGGCAAGCCGGGAGGACAACCAACGCCAGGAGGUGGAUCAGGCAAGCCGGGAGAACAACCUACACCUGGAGGCGGAUCAGGCAAGCCAGGCGAACAACCUUCACCGGGCGGCGGAUCAAGCAAGCCAGGAGAACAACCAACGCCGGGAGGCGGAUCAGGCAAGCCAGGAGAACAGCCUUCACCGGGCGGCGGAUCAGGCAAACCAGGCGAACAACCUACACCAGGAGGCGGAUCAGGCAAGCCGGGAGGACAACCUACUCCAGGAGGUGGAUCAGGCAAGCCAGGCGAACAACCAACGCCAGGAGAUGGAUCAGGCAAGCCAGGAGAACAACCAACGCCAGGAGGCGGAUCAGGCAAGCCGGGAGGACAACCUACUCCAGGAGGUGGAUCAGGAGGCGGAUCAGGCAAGCCGGGAGAACAACCAACGCCAGGAGGUGGAUCAGGCAAGCCAGGCGAACAACCUUCACCGGGCGGCGGAUCAGGCAAGCCGGGAGAACAACCGGCACCAGGAGGUGGAUCAGGCAAGCCGGGAGAACAACCAACUCCAGGAGGCGGAUCAGGCAAGCCGGGAGAACAACCAACGCCAGGAGGUGGAUCAGGCAAGCCAGGCGAACAACCUUCACCGGGCGGCGGAUCAGGCAAGCCAGGAGAACAGCCUUCACCGGGCGGUGGAUCAGGGAAGCCGGGAGGACAACCAACGUCAGGAGGUGGAUCAGGCAAACCGGGAGAACAACCUACACCUGGAGGCGGAUCAGGCAAGCCAGGCGAACAACCUUCACCGGGCAGCGGAUCAGGCAAGCCAGGAGAACAACCAACGCCGGGAGGCGGAUCAGGCAAGCCAGGAGAACAGCCUUCACCGGGCGGCGGAUCAGGCAAACCAGGCGAACAACCUACACCAGGAGGCGGAUCAGGAGGCGGAUCAGGCAAGCCGGGAGAACAACCGGCACCAGGAGGUGGAUCAGGCAAGCCGGGAGAACAACCAACUCCAGGAGGCGGAUCAGGCAAGCCGGGAGAACAACCAACGCCAGGAGGUGGAUCAGGCAAGCCAGGCGAACAACCUUCACCGGGCGGCGGAUCAGGCAAGCCGGGAGAACAACCAACGCCAGGAGGUGGAUCAGGCAAGCCAGGCGAACAACCUUCACCGGGCGGCGGAUCAGGCAAGCCGGGAGAACAACCGGCACCAGGAGGUGGAUCAGGCAAGCCGGGAGAACAACCAACUCCAGGAGGCGGAUCAGGCAAGCCGGGAGAACAACCAACGCCAGGAGGUGGAUCAGGCAAGCCAGGCGAACAACCUUCACCGGGCGGCGGAUCAGGCAAGCCAGGAGAACAGCCUUCACCGGGCGGUGGAUCAGGGAAGCCGGGAGGACAACCAACGCCAGGAGGUGGAUCAGGCAAGCCAGGCGAACAACCGGCACCAGGAGGUGGAUCAGGCAAGCCGGGAGAACAACCAACUCCAGGAGGCGGAUCAGGCAAGCCGGGAGAACAACCAACGCCAGGAGGUGGAUCAGGCAAGCCAGGCGAACAACCUUCACCGGGCGGCGGAUCAGGCAAGCCAGGAGAACAGCCUUCACCGGGCGGUGGAUCAGGGAAGCCGGGAGGACAACCAACGCCAGGAGGUGGAUCAGGCAAACCGGGAGAACAACCUACACCUGGAGGCGGAUCAGGCAAGCCAGGCGAACAACCAUCACCGGGCAGCGGAUCAGGCAAGCCAGGAGAACAACCAACGCCGGGAGGCGGAUCAGGCAAGCCAGGAGAACAGCCUUCACCGGGCAGCGGAUCAGGCAAGCCAGGAGAACAACCAACGCCGGGAGGCGGAUCAGGCAAGCCAGGAGAACAGCCUUCACCGGGCGGCGGAUCAGGCAAACCAGGCGAACAACCUACACCAGGAGGCGGAUCAGGAGGCGGAUCAGGCAAGCCGGGAGAACAACCGGCACCAGGAGGUGGAUCAGGCAAGCCGGGAGAACAACCAACUCCAGGAGGCGGAUCAGGCAAGCCGGGAGAACAACCAACGCCAGGAGGUGGAUCAGGCAAACCGGGAGAACAACCUACACCUGGAGGCGGAUCAGGCAAGCCAGGCGAACAACCAUCACCGGGCAGCGGAUCAGGCAAGCCAGGAGAACAACCAACGCCGGGAGGCGGAUCAGGCAAGCCAGGAGAACAGCCUUCACGGGGCAGCGGAUCAGGCAAGCCAGGAGAACAACCAACGCCGGGAGGCGGAUCAGGCAAGCCAGGAGAACAGCCUUCACCGGGCGGCGGAUCAGGCAAACCAGGCGAACAACCUACACCAGGAGGCGGAUCAGGAGGCGGAUCAGGCAAGCCGGGAGAACAACCGGCACCAGGAGGUGGAUCAGGCAAGCCGGGAGAACAACCAACUCCAGGAGGCGGAUCAGGCAAGCCGGGAGAACAACCAACGCCAGGAGGUGGAUCAGGCAAGCCAGGCGAACAACCUUCACCGGGCGGCGGAUCAGGCAAGCCAGGAGAACAGCCUUCACCGGGCGGUGGAUCAGGGAAGCCGGGAGGACAACCAACGCCAGGAGGUGGAUCAGGCAAGCCGGGAGAACAACCUACACCUGGAGGCGGAUCAGGCAAGCCAGGCGAACAACCUUCACCGGGCAGCGGAUCAGGCAAGCCAGGAGAACAACCAACGCCGGGAGGCGGAUCAGGCAAGCCAGGAGAACAGCCUUCACCGGGCGGUGGAUCAGGCAAGCCGGGAGGACAGCCUACACCAGGAGGUGGAUCAGGAGGCGGAUCAGGCAAGCCGGGAGAACAACCAACGCCAGGAGGUGGAUCAGGCAAGCCAGGAGAACAGCCUUCACCGGGCAGUGGAUCAGGCAAGCCGGGAGGACAGCCUACUCCAGGAGGUGGAUCAGGCAAGCCAGGCGAACAGCCUACACCAGGAGGUGGAUCAGGCAAGCCAGGCGAACAACCUUCACCAGGAGGCGGAUCAGGCAAGCCAGGCGAACAACCUACACCAGGAGGCGGAUCAAACAAGCCGGGUGAACAGCCUUCACCGGGCGGCGGAUCAGGCAAACCAGGCGAACAACCUACACCAGGCGGCGGAUCAGGCAAGCCAGGCGAACAACCAACUCCAGGAGGCGGAUCAGGCAAGCCGGGAGAACAACCAACGCCAGGAGGUGGAUCAGGCAAGCCAGGAGAACAACCAACGCCGGGAGGCGGAUCAGGCAAGCCAGGAGAACAGCCUUCACCGGGCAGUGGAUCAGGCAAGCCGGGAGGACAGCCUACUCCAGGAGGUGGAUCAGGCAAGCCAGGCGAACAACCAACGCCAGGAGGCGGAUCAGGCAAGCCAGGCGAACAACCAACGCCAGGAGGCAAGCCAGGCGAACAGCCUACACCAGGAGGUGGAUCAGGCAAGCCAGGCGAACAACCUUCACCAGGAGGCGGAUCAGGCAAGCCAGGCGAACAACCUACACCAGGAGGCGGAUCAAACAAGCCGGGUGAACAGCCUUCACCGGGCGGCGGAUCAGGCAAGCCAGGCGAACAACCUACACCAGGAAGCGGAUCAGGCAAGCCGGAUGAACAGCCUUCACCGGGCGGCGGAACAGGCAAGCCAGGAGAACAACCAACGCCAGGAGGCGGAUCAGGCAAGCCAGGAGAACAGCCUACACCAGGAGGCGGAUCAGGCAAGCCAGGAGGCGGAUCAGGCAAGCCAGGAGAACAGCCUUCACCGGGCGGUGGAUCAGGCAAGCCGGGAGGACAGCCUACUCCAGGAGGUGGAUCAGGCAAGCCAGGCGAACAACCUACACCAGGAGACGGAUCAGGCAAGCCAGGCGAACAGCCUACACCAGGAGGUGAAUCAGGCAAGCCAGGCGAACAACCUACACCAGGAGGCGGAUCAGGCAAGCCAGGCGAACAACCUACACCUGGAGGAGGAUCGGGCAAGCCGGGAGAGCAGCCUACACCAGGAAGCGGAUCGGGCAAGCCGGGACAGCAGCCUACACCGGGAGGUGGAAUCAGUAAUCCUAGGGACGUUGCUACUGCUGCAACAAGCUCGAGUGCUGCUAAUAGUGGGCCAGGUGGAUCAGCAUCUUCUUCAGGAAUAGCGUUAAGUAAGGAACAGCAUUGCAUUUAA